AUGGGUGGUUCAAGUAAUAGUAAUGUACCAUUAGAGGAAGAUUUGGUGUAUGAUGUUGAACUUCUUCCUCAUGAUCCGGGAAAAAGAAUAAACAUUAUGGAUUACCCCGCAAAUGAACGAAAUGCUGUUAGGAGGGGUUAUAUUCUUAAAAAACCUUGCCAACCAAAAACUCAUGACUUCCCUACAAGACAAGUGUCUGGUUUGCGUCGCUUUAGUGUUCAUUGGUUCAACAAAUGGGAUUGGCUUGAAUAUAGUAUUGAAAAAGAUGCUGCAUUUUGUUUUGUAUGUUACUUGUUCAAGAAUGAAGUGGGUAUUAAACCGGGGGGUGAUGCAUUUGUUGAUGGAGGGUUUAGGGCAUGGAAUAAACCGGAAAGAUUUGAGAAGCAUGUUGGUGGAAUUAAAAGUGCUCAUAAUCUUGCUUAUGAGAAAUAUGUGAAUUUAAGAGAUGAAAAAAAGAAAUCAAUCUUGAAUGUGAUUGACAAUGCAAGUGAUGUGAUUAAAAGUGAAUAUUUUAUCCGCUUGAAAGCAUCUUUAUCUUGUUUAAGAUUUCUUUUGGGGCAAGGUUUGGCAUUUCGUGGACAUGAUGAAAGUGGGGAGUCAUAUAAUAGGGGUAAUUUCCUUGAGCUUUUGAAGUGGUUAGGAGAAAAGGUUGAGGAAGUAAGGAUACAUACUCUUGAAAAUGCACCUAAAAAUUGUCAAAUGACUUCCCCUCCUAUUCAAAAGGACAUUAUUAACUGUUGUGCCAAAGAAACAACUAGGUGCAUAAUAGAAGAAGUUGGUGAUGAUUACUUUGCUAUAUUGGCCGAUGAGUCAAGUGAUGUGUCCCAAAAAGAACAACUAGCUCUUGUUUUGCGUUUUGUUGAUAGAGAUAGUGGAAAGGUAAUGGAGCGAUUUUUAGGCAUUGUUCAUGUUGCUAAUACUACCGCUUUAACUCUUAAAGAUGCAAUCAUGUCUUUACUUGUUGAACAUUCAUUGAGCCCAUCUAUGAUAAGAGGGCAAGGGUAUGAUGGAGCUAGAAACAUGAAGGGUGAAAUAAAUGGCCUUAAGACUUUGAUUAUGAAUGAUACUCCAAGUGCCUACUAUAUACAUUGUUUUGCUCAUCAACUUCAACUAACAUUAGUUGCCGUUGCUAAAAAGAAUGAUAGUUGUGGUUGGCUUUUCGAGAUACUUGGAAAUUUGUUGAAUGUGGUUGGAGUUUCUUGCAAGAGAAGAGAAAUGAUUCGUCAAGAUCAAGCUCAAGAAGUUGCUCGAGCCUUGGAUGUUGGGGAUAUUGUGAGUGGAUCGGGUUUAAAUCAAGAACUUGGUUUGAGUAGGCCCGGGGAUACUCGUUGGAGUUCUCAUUACAAGUCACUUUUAAAUGUCAUCCUCUUAUUUCCUACAAUUAUUAAGGUGCUUGUACAAAUUGGGAAGCAUGGUGCAUCGGAAGAUAAGUUCAAAGCUCAAAUUGUUUUAGGACAAUUAGAGUCAUUUGACUUUAUUUUUGUUGCUCACUUGAUGUUGACUAUUUUUGGAUACACUAAUGAUUUGUGUGUUGCUUUGCAAAGAAAGGAGCAAGAUAUUGUAAAUGCCAUGGAACUUGUCACUUAUACAAAAACGGUGUUGCAAAAAAUGAGGGAGCGAGGAUGGGAUACUCUCUUAAACAAGGUAACUUCAUUUUGCACUAAACAUGGUGUUGUUAUUCCCACUAUGGAUUCUCUUUAUGUUCCUCAUGGAAGAUCAAGACGUUUUGUUGAAGAAGCAACAAAUGAACAUCAUUUUCGGGUUGGAAUUUUCUUAAGACUAAUUGAUUUGCAUCUUCAAGAACUUGAUGAACGAUUUAAUGAGAGGAAUAUGGAGUUACUAUUAUGUAUGGCUUGUUUAAGUCCUAAAGAUAACUUCUCAUCCUUUGAUAAAGAUAAGGUACUUAAACUUGCCUCUUUUUAUCCCGAAGAAUUUUCAAGCUUUGAUUUGAUGGCUCUUGAAUAUCAACUUGAUGUAUUCAUGGAGAAUAUGCUAAAUGAUGAAAGAUUUCAAGGUUUAAAUGACCUUAAUUCUCUUUCUAUGAUGCUUGUUAAAACCAAUAAGCAUAAGACUUUUCCUCUUAUUCAUUUGCUUAUCAAGUUGAUGUUGAUUCUUCCCGUUGCCACGGCAAGUGUUGAAAGAGUGUUUUCUGCAAUGACAUGUGUCAAAAACAAGUUGCGAAAUAGCAUGGGUGAUCAACUUAUGAAUGAUUGUUUGGUCACUUUUAUUGAGAAGGAUGUCUUCUUACAAGUUUCCGACGAAAAGAUUAUUGAUCGAUUUCAAAUUGAAAAUCCUGGCUCCGCCACUGGCCAUAAACCAGCUGAAUUAAUGAAGAUGUUUCAAAGCUCUCAUUUCUGCUUGCAGCCUCCAGGAGACUCUUAUACUAGAAGAUCCACUUUUGACUCAAUACUUGCGGGUUGUAUACCCGUUUUCUUCCACCCGGGUUCGGCUUACAUUCAAUACUUGUGGCAUCUCCCUAGGGAGUUUACCAAGUACUCAGUUUUUAUCCCUAUGUAUGAGGUAAGGGAUGGUAAAGUUAGCAUACAAAAAGUGUUGGAGAAAAUUUCUGCUCAAAGAGUUGAUAAAAUGAGAGAAGAGAUUAUAAACCUAAUUCCUAAGAUAAUAUAUGCUGAUCCUAGGUGUAAAUUAGAGAGUUUGGAAGAUGCAUUCGACGUCACGGUGAAGGGGGUGUUGGAGAGAGUUAGAAGGAUUAAGGAAGACAUGAGAAAUGGGAGGGAUGAUAGUUUUGGUUAUGAUGAAAGGCAAGCAUGGAAAUAUAGGUGGCUUGGGAAGUUGGAGGAACAUGCAUGGGAUCCUUAUUUUUCUGGUUCUUUUGAUUCUAGGAAUUUUACAAAUUUUUAGGUUACUCAGAUUUAGUUUGGUAGAAGAGUUUUUUCUUGCAACUUUUUGUCUUUGGUAGAUUUUGUAGGGAAAAUCUAAGGGGAUUGAUUUGUUUUUCUUGGUGGCCCAAGUACAAUUCUUUUUUUAUUCUGUUUCUUGUGUUGCUAAGCUAAGUUAGUUCAUUUAAGAACUAGCUUUUGAUGUUUUGUCAUGGAAAUGGACCAUUAAGAUCUAUCAAUUCCAACAAUUUACUACUAUCAUUUUAUUCAAGUGUAGCAUGAUCAACUUGUUACAGAUCAAAACUCUUACUAUGUGUUAUAAGUGCAAUGA